AUGGCCAGCGCCGGCGGCACGCUCGAGCCCCUCCACGUCUACGACACCGUCUUCCACGGCUUCUCCGCGUCGCUGUCCGCGUCCCGCGCCGAGGAGCUGCGGCGCCACCCGGCCGUGCUCGCCGCGUUCGAGGACCGGGUCCGCCAGCUGCACACCACCCGCUCGCCGCAGUUCAUGGGCCUCCGCGCCCGCCUCGGGCUGUGGUUCCUCGCCGACUACGGCUCCGAUGUCAUCGUCGGGGUGCUGGACACCGGCGUGUGGCCCGAGCGCCGGAGCCUGUCGGAUAGGAACCUACCGCCCGUCCCCGCCCGGUGGCGCGGCGGCUGCGACGCCGGGCCGGCGUUCCUGGCGUCCUCCUGCAACAAGAAGCUCGUCGGCGCGCGGUUCUUCUCGCAGGGCCACGCCGCGCACUACGGCGUCGAUGCGGCGGCGUCUAACGGGUCCGUGGAGUACAUGUCGCCGCGCGACGCCGACGGGCACGGGACGCACACGGCCACCACGGCCGCCGGGAGCGUGUCCUACGCGGCGAGCAUGGAGGGGUACGCUUCCGGGGUCGCCAAGGGCGUCGCGCCCAAGGCCAGGGUUGCCGCGUACAAGGUGUGCUGGAAGGGCGCCGGCUGCCUCGACUCCGACAUCCUGGCUGGCUUCGACCGCGCCGUCGCGGACGGCGUGGACGUCAUCUCCGUCUCCAUAGGCGGCGGCAACGGCGCGGUGUCGCCGUUCUAUAUUGACCCAAUUGCCAUCGGCUCGUACGGUGCCGUUUCGCGGGGAGUGUUCGUGGCCACCUCUGCGGGAAACGAAGGGCCCGCUCCCAUGUCAGUGACCAACCUCGCCCCGUGGAUCGCCACCGUGGGCGCCGGCACCAUCGACCGCAACUUCCCCGCCGAGAUCGUGCUCGGCGACGGGAGGCGCAUGUCAGGGGUGUCUCUCUACUCCGGCAAGCCCCUGGCCAACAACACAAUGCUGUCUUUGUACUACCCCGGGAGGUCAGGUGGGCUGUCAGCUUCGCUGUGCAUGGAGAACUCCAUCGACCCGUCGCUUGUGGCCGGCAAGAUUGUCAUCUGCGACCGCGGCAGCAGCCCACGCGUGGCCAAGGGGAUGGUCGUCAAGGAAGCCGGUGGCGCGGCGAUGGUUCUGGCCAACGGGGAGGCCAACGGCGAAGGUCUGGUAGGGGACGCCCACGUCCUCCCAGCUUGCUCGGUGGGCGAGAACGAGGGCGACGCGCUCAAGGCAUACGCUGCCAACACCACCAACCCGACCGCAACAAUUGUCUUCCGGGGCACGGUCAUCGGCGUCAAGCCGGCUCCCCUGGUGGCCUCCUUCUCGGCGCGCGGGCCCAACGGACUCGUCCCGGAAAUCCUCAAGCCCGACUUCAUCGCCCCCGGCGUCAACAUCCUCGCGGCGUGGACGGGCGCCACCGGCCCAACCGGCCUGGAGGCCGACGCCAGGCGGACGGAGUUCAACAUCCUGUCGGGGACGUCGAUGGCGUGCCCGCACGCGAGCGGCGCCGCCGCGCUGCUCCGGUCCGCGCACCCCAGGUGGUCGCCGGCGGCCAUCCGGUCGGCGCUGAUGACCACGGCCAUCGUGACCGACAACCGCGGCGGGGCCGUGGCGGACGAGGCCGAGCCCGGGCGCGCCGCGACGCCGUUCGACUACGGCGCGGGGCACAUCGCGCUGGGCAAGGCCCUGGACCCGGGGCUGGUGUACGACGCCGGGGACGAGGACUACGUGGCGUUCAUGUGCAGCAUCGGGUACGCGGCCAACGCGAUCGAGGUGAUCACGCACAAGCCCGUGGCGUGCCCGGCCGCGACGGGCAGGAAGCCGUCGGGGUCGGACCUGAACUACCCGUCCAUCUCCGUGGUGCUCUACGGCGGCAACCAGUCGAAGACGGUGAUCCGCACGGCGACCAACGUGGGCGCCGAGGCGUCCGCGACGUACAAGGCGCGCGUGGAGAUGGCGAGCGGCGGCGCGUCGGUGGCGGUGAAGCCGGAGAAGCUCGUCUUCUCCCCGUCCGUGAAGAAGCAGAGCUUCGCGGUGACGGUGUCGGCGGCGGCCGCGCCAUCCACCGCGGCGCCGGUGCACGGGCACCUCGUCUGGUCGGACGGCCGCGGGCACGACGUCCGGAGCCCCAUCGUGGUGACGUGGCUGCAGCCCAUGUAA